AUAAAUUAAGUUUAAAAAAAAUGGCUUGGUCAUAAAAUCAUUACGUCAUAGUGAGUAAUUGUCCUACAUGCCAUUGCAAUUGAAAACUUAUUUUACAAUUAAUUUGCUAUUAGUUGAACUAAAUAUGCCUUCUACCAAUAAAAUCACUGUAGUUGAACCAAACCAAAGCGGAAACCUUAAAAGCUAUGCCGUCAUUGCUAAUGAUAUGGUUUAUGUGUCAGCAACUUAUGGCAACAAUAGACUAAAUAGAACUAUUCCUGAAAUGUUUAUCGAUGAAGCUCACCAAGCAUUUAAAAACUUAUCAUAUAUUCUAGAAGCAUCUGGAGCAUCGAGUCAGUCAACUAUAAAGGUGGUAAUUUACUUGACAUCUUAUAAAGUAGCUAAAGCAGUCAAUGAUAUAUUUUCCAAUUAUUUUUAUGCUCCAUACUGUGCAAGAUUACAAAUGCAAGUUGAGCGAUUGCCAAAAAAUGCUAGAAUUUCGGUUGAAGCAAUUGCAAUAAUUCAACCAGUGAAUAAAAUCAAACUUGAAAAUUAAAUAUUAUAUAAUUAUUAAACAUUUAAUCAUUUAAUUAUGUAAUAUACUCAAAUAUAUUUAUAAAAAAUCUUUUUUUAUUGACAUUUCUAUAUUGUAUAUAAAAAAUUAUA